GUUUUGUCUUUCAACAAACAGAACACAACAAGACAUAGACCAUAUCUAGCUUCUUUUCUUCGGCUUUAUCCAUUUUAUCUUUAUGAUAUUUAUAUAUCACGUCUUAAAUUCCUCAACCAUCGUCAUUAAGUAAAACCCUAUUUCAAGAAUUAAAUUAUUUUGAAAAAAAAAAACAGAGGACAUCCUCCACACUCAUCUGCUCAAACAAGGUUUAGGGUUUCUUUUGGAGUAAAGUAAAAGUUCACACGAAGAUGCCGCAGCCACCCCAAAUGAUUCCUGUCAUGCCUUCAUAUCCACCUACUAAUAUUACUACUGAACAGAUUCAGAAGUACCUUGAUGAGAAUAAGAAGUUGAUUUUGGCAAUUUUGGACAAUCAGAAUCUUGGAAAACUUGCUGAAUGUGCGCAGUAUCAAGCUCAGCUGCAAAAAAAUUUGAUGUAUUUAGCUGCUAUUGCGGAUGCUCAACCGCAAUCGAUGCCAACAAUGCCUCCUCAGAUGGCACCACAUCCUGCAAUUCCAACCGGAGGAUAUUUUAUGCAACAUCCUCAGGCUGCUGCGAUGGCACAACAACCGGGCAUGUACCCUCAAAAGGUGCCAUUGCAAUUCAAUAACCCACAUCAAAUGCAAGACCCUCAGCACCUCCUGCACCAACAGCAUCAACAAGCCAUGCAAGGUCAAAUGGGAAUCAGGCCUGGAGGACCCAACAAUGGCAUGCAUCCCAUGCAUUCCGAGGCCAGUCUUGGAGGUGGCAGCAGUGCUGGCCCCCCUCAAUUUUCAGGCCCAAGUGAUGGACGUGCUGGAAACAAGCAAAACCCUGAAACCGGUGUCAAUGGACAGGGUAACACAACCGGCGACAGAGCCGAGGAGGGAAAGUGACUGUGAUGGUAGGUUUCUUUUACAAUAGGAUUUGUAUUCCUCUGGUGGUCAUCUCAUAGACUGUUGUAGAAUUAAAAUCUUCAACUUGCUCUUUAAUGUAGCAGUUUAGGUAGUUUAACUCUUGUUGAGAGGUUGUUGGCAUGCCAAUGAAUUAAACAACAGGUUGUUAAGACAACGAUGGUUUUGUUGUAAAAGGAGGUGGUAUAUAAGAGCAUGUGGUCACUACCUCUGAGGCUGUCAUUUUGUAGUAACCUAUAAAAGUUUGCAGCUUGUAUCUAAAUUGUGAUCCAGUUGAAAAUUACAUUGCUUUUUCCUGGUUUUGCUUUUGUAAA